AUGCACAAGGCCGUCACGGUUACCAUACGGAUUCUGUCGGACGUAUUGGCUUUCGUUGUUUCAAUGGGUGUUCUCCAACGAAUUCAACCGAUCUCCCAAGGUUAUUUUGCUGAUGACUACUCGAUUCGCUUACCGCGUCAUUCUUCAACAGUAUCCAGCGUAACUCUGUACUCAGUCUCUUCUGUACUAAUUCUUACCACGGUUGUUGCCGUUGAGGUUAUGAUCGGUUGGGAUAGUUUACGGAUGAAAAAAGCUGGAAUCCCUGUGGUCCUCUACAGCAUAUACGAUUACUUACUCGUCGCUUUCUAUGGGUACUUUGUGACCAUCACCAUAACCGAUGUCGGAAAGGCUGCAGUCGGUCGGCUGCGUCCAAGCUUCUUUGAUCAAUGUGGACCUAACGUUUUACAGAGCACAGUCCUCGGCUACAUAACCGAUUACAGCUGCACUUCUGGAAGCGAAAAAGAUCACUUGGACGCCAGGAUCCCGACCAACCGAACUAGCCUCGUCAAUAUCCGGAUGUUGGAUGCAGCUGAAGCUGCCGCUCGUAGACUUCGAAACCCUGUUCCGUGUGUGCAAAAUCUCGAGGUCAAUCGCCAUGAGUUUGUUGAUCUAAAGACAGCUCAUCCUGUCAGCCAGAUGUCCUCCCAACACUAG